CCUCCUCAGGAACCGUUCACACCUGUGCCUCAAAGAUGAGUGCCCAGGAGGACCCCGAGGACCGGACCCAGCAUGACACCUCCAGCCCAGCGGAGCCCCGUGCCAGGGACCCCCCGGUGGCCCUGCCCACAGAGCCCAAGUUUGACAUGUUGUACAAGAUCGAGGACGUCCCACCCUGGUACCUGUGCAUCCUGCUCGGCUUCCAGCACUACCUGACAUGCUUCAGUGGCACCAUCGCAGUGCCCUUCCUCCUGGCUGAGGCGCUGUGUGUGGGCCGGGACCAGCACAUGGUGAGUCAGCUCAUCGGCACCAUCUUCACCUGCGUGGGCAUCACCACCCUCAUCCAGACCACCCUGGGCAUCCGGCUGCCGCUGUUCCAGGCUAGUGCUUUUGCAUUUCUGGUCCCAGCCAAAGCCAUCCUGGCCCUGGAGAGAUGGAAAUGCCCUCCAGAAGAGGAGAUCUACGGGAACUGGACCCUGCCUCUAAACACCUCUCACAUCUGGCACCCCCGCAUGAGAGAGGUCCAGGGUGCAAUCAUAGUGUCCAGCAUGGUGGAAGUGGUCAUUGGACUGAUGGGAUUGCCUGGGGCCCUGCUGAGCUACAUUGGGCCUCUCACGGUCACCCCCACUGUCUCCCUCAUUGGCCUCUCUGUUUUCCAAGCUGCUGGUGACCGAGCUGGCUCACACUGGGGCAUCUCUGCAUGCUCCAUUCUCCUGAUCGUCCUCUUCUCCCAGUACCUGCGCAACCUCACUUUACUGCUGCCUGUCUACCGCUUCGGCAAGGGCCUCACUGUUUUCCGAGUCCAGAUAUUCAAGAUGUUUCCCAUCGUGCUGGCCAUCAUGACUGUGUGGCUGCUCUGCUACAUCCUGACCCUGACAGACGUGCUGCCUGCAGAUCCCACAGCCUACGGCUUCCAGGCACGGACAGACGCCCGUGGGGACAUCAUGACUAUCGCGCCCUGGAUCCGCAUCCCCUACCCCUGUCAGUGGGGUCUUCCCACGGUGACCGCAGCUGCUGUUCUGGGAAUGUUCAGUGCCACACUCGCAGGCAUCAUUGAGUCCAUUGGAGAUUACUAUGCCUGUGCGCGCCUGGCCGGAGCACCGCCCCCUCCAGUUCAUGCUAUCAACAGGGGUAUCUUCACAGAAGGCAUCUGCUGCAUUAUAGCAGGGAUUCUGGGCACUGGCAAUGGAUCCACCUCCUCCAGCCCCAACAUCGGCGUCCUGGGGAUUACCAAGGUGGGCAGUCGGCGCGUGGUGCAGUAUGGUGCAGGUAUCAUGCUGAUUUUGGGCACCAUUGGCAAGUUUACUGCCCUCUUUGCCUCACUCCCUGACCCCAUCCUGGGAGGCAUGUUCUGCACCCUGUUUGGCAUGAUCACGGCUGUGGGACUGUCCAAUCUGCAGUUCGUGGACAUGAACUCUUCCCGCAACCUCUUUGUGCUCGGAUUCUCCAUGUUCUUCGGGCUCACCCUACCCAACUACCUGGACUCCAACCCUGGUGCCAUCAACACAGGCAUUCCUGAAGUCGACCAGAUACUAACUGUGCUACUGACCACGGAGAUGUUCGUGGGUGGAUGCCUUGCUUUCAUCCUGGAUAACACGGUGCCAGGAAGCCCAGAGGAACGGGGGCUGAUCCAGUGGAAGGCUGGAGCCCAUGCCAACAGCGAGACGUCUGCCAGCCUUAAGAGCUAUGACUUCCCCUUUGGAAUGAGCAUGGUGAAAAGGACUGACUUUCUGAAAUACAUUCCUAUCUGCCCAGUCUUCAGAGGAUUUCCUUCAAGGUCAAAAAACCAACUUUCAGUACCAAUAGACACUUCAGAAAAUACAGACCCUGGAUCUGUAUGCACGAAGGUCUGAAAUACUACUCCCAUGAAAGGAAGCAUUGUAUGUAACAGGAAAAGAAACCUACAUGGGAAGUCAGAAGAACUAAGUCGGAAUCCCAGCUCUGCCCUAUAUAAGCCUGGAUAAGUCUGGGACUCCUUUUGCAUCAGUUAAAAAAAGAAUAAUGGGCCAAAGUCUCUGUUUUUGAGAUAUGUGCCACUGUUAUGUCUUCACUUUCAUAUAUAAUUUUUAGUACACAGGAAUAACUGAGAAAUCUUUAUUUACUGCACGUAGUAGUACUAGUUGAUGGAGACAAAAAGAAACCAGGACGAGGUAUAAAAUGUAGGGAUGCUGGCAGGUCCUUACAUUGAAUCUGACCCCAUUACUUCAAGAUGCAAAGCAUAUUAAACAAAAUUCGGAGCAAUAAGUUUAGUUUCAUAAUUUAUAUAUGUAUAUAUAUCAUCAUUUCCUUAGAACAUCUUCCUUUUAAAUGAAGAAAAUGUUCUUAAUGUGUAAUCUCUUGGCAGUUGCAAAAGAAUCAGAAGGAAUUAACUCAACCAGGGGUCCAAGAGGAUAGUGCAGGGUUUAAGGUGCUUGCUUUGCAUCUGGCUGCCCCUACACCAAGUCGCCAGCACUACACAGUCUUCCUGAGCACUGUCAGGAACUACUCCUAAGCACACUGUGAGGAACAGCACUGGUUGUGCUUCUAACUUCCCCUGCCUAAACAGUGGAUCUGAACUAGAUCAAGCCGAACAAACCAGUUUCUAUACAAUGGCAUUCUAUUAGUCCAAAUUAAAGUCAGACUUUAUGGCCAACAAAAAGCAUUAAUUCAAGAUGAUCAAGUUUAUAUGUAGACUAAUACAGUGAGAAACUAAACAUCCCAACAGUCAGAUCACACAUCUGCACAACUGGGUUACUGUCUUUACUGAGUUGUCCUACCAAAGGCUAAGCCAUACUAUCAAUUUCAGCAUUCUGAAAUGACAUGGCUUCUAAAUGUCUGACAGGGCAAACUGACUGUGUAAAGUUACCCGGAGUGCUUUAAAAAACUGACAUGUUUUGGGGCUAGCGAGAUAGCUCAAAGUAUGAAAGUGCAGGCCUGGUCUCCUGAGCAGCAACUAACUGCUUCAUUUAAGACAUUUAAGGCUAUGGGGGCCUAGUGAUAGCACAGAGGGUAGAGCUUUUGCCUUGCAUGCAGUAACCUGGCUUCGAGUCCCAGCAUCCCAUAUGGUCCCCUGAGCAUAGAGCCAGGAGUAACCCCUGUGCAUUGCCAGGUAUGAUCCAGAAAGCAAAAAGCAAAAAAAAAAAAGGAAAAAAGAAAGACAUUUAAGGCUGAUUAUUACCAGAAGUAGUCCCGGGCCUACUGAGCACUGUUUAGGAGACCUCUCUGUUCCAUAGCAAAAAUAAAGUUUAGGAUUGAUUUUUCAGAUCUGUAAUGUAAUUAAGGAGCUUUUUCGGAGUCCAGGGGUCCAUGCCUCACAGUACUCAGGGCUUAGCUGCCUGAAAGGCAAGUGCCUUAACUCCUGUACUAUUUCUCUAGUCCUAAGGAACUUAUUUUUAAUGUCUCAUUGGUAAUUGUAAAGUUGGGCUAGGAAACCAUGAUACAGUGAGCUGAAAACUGCCAAAAAAUAUGUCUUUUCAUGGUAAAUUCCAAAUGACAAUCAUAUAGAGUAUAGUAGCAAAUAAAGAUUUUAAACAUGGAGAGAAAUGUUUAAAAAGAAAUUUUAAGUUUUUUGGUUUGCUUCUGGGCCACACCCAGAGGUGUUCAGGGCUUACUCCUGGCAGGCUUGGGGGACCAUCAUAUGAGGUCACUACCUGCUGUACUAUCACUCCAGUCCUAUAAAUUAUUUUUUAUUUUAAUUUUAGUAAAGAAUUAGAUUCAAUCCCAGUACUAAUGGGUUAUCACAUUUCCUGAAAAACCUAAUUUUUCUACAAGUGCCAUCACCAAUGAAAUAGAGAAUAACUAAAAAUGUAAAUAGGACAUAGCUAAGAAACUUACUAUAUAUGUCAAGAAUCCUUAAUAUUACCAAAAUUCCAAAUGGAGUGAGGGGACAAUAAAAAUCCCAGGGCAGGAAGAAAAAAAACACCUCAAUCUUUUAAAAAAAAAUCUUUGUAACUUUCACGAAAUGUUUUAAGUCAAAGAGCAAUCUCGGGCUGGAGCAAUAGCACAGCGGGUAGGGUGUUUGCCUUGCACGUGGCCAACCCGGGUUCGAUUCCCAGCAUCUCAUAUGGUUCCCUGAGCACUGCCAGGGGGUAAUUCCUGAGUGCAGAGCCAGGAGUAACCAACCCCUGUGCAUCGCGGGGUGUGACCCAAAAGGGGGAAAAAAAAACAAAAAAAACAAAGAGCAAUCUCUACUAAACUACUUUUGUGUAGGCAAGUCACAUAGAUACACUGGGUACUUUUCUGGAUUAACUUAAGGCAUUUAAGUACCGAGGAGAAAACUUAUCAAGACUAAAAAUAAUGGCAAAAAGUCUGGUGGGGGGUGCUCAAUCUAAUCCCAUCCAUUGUGCUACUGACAUUAUUCCAAUUUCUAAACAAAAAAUCAAAAUCCUUUGCUUUCUUCUUAAUAAAUAGCAUGAUUUCUGAAGGCGAAUACAAAACUCUUAAGUAAAUGGCGUUUUAUUUCCACUUACAGAAAAUGAGCUAGGUUUUAAAAAGAGGAAAAAUAGCUUUUUACCACAAGAUCUUCCAGAGAAGAGCCAUCAGUGAUAACAAGGUCAUUAAACUGGUCUUGG